GGUGCUGAACAAUGGCAGAAUUAAAUUCUUAAGAAAGAGGAAACCAUCAAGGACCUACCCCGGAUAAAUCAGCCUCAGUUCGUCCAGUUCUCUAAGACCCUGUACAACAUCUUUCAUGGUGAUCCAGAGGAAGAGUCUCUGUACCGAGCCGUGGCCCAUGUGACCAGCCUUCUCCUGAGGAUGGAAGAGGUGGGACGGAGGCUGCAGGAGCCGAGCAGCCCGUACGAGUCCACGAGGCUGUUCAUGCAGAACCUUUUUGCUUCCGGGGAUGUAGACGGCAAAGGGGUGGAUGCCAAGCUGCAGCAUCCUCUGUGCGUUGCCUGGGCUCCUGAACACAGCCUGCUCUAUGUGGCCGACUCCUACAACCACAAGAUCAAGGUGGUGGAUCCAAAGGUAAAGCAGUGCAGCACAUUAGCAGGGACUGGAGAGGCUGCAGAUACUGUGGGCCCUGAAUUUAAGAAAUCCUGCUUCAAUGAACCUGGAGGAAUCUGUGUUGGCGACAAUGGCAAGCUUCUCUAUGUGGCAGAUACCAACAACCACCAAGUCAAAGUGCUGGACCUGUCCACCAAGACCGUUUCACUGUUCCCCAUCUCCACGGACUACAUGGACUCGGUACCUUCAAAGCCUUCAGGUACUGCCAAAGCCCCCACGCUGCCUAAAUCCGCUGCCAGGAAAGAAAUGCCACCAGUGGCAGUGUCAGCAGGCCAGGCUCUUGUCAUGUCGCUCACCCUGACGCUUCCAGAAGGAACCAAACUCACUGAAGAGGCCCCCAGCUGCUGGGCUCUCUCCGCUGAGGAUGAAGAAUGUGGGCCAGAUAAAUGAGAGUUGGCGUUGAGACAAAGAUGAUCUGCAUCGACCAGAAGCGGAUGUGAGAAAUUGGGAAGGUCUUAUCAUAGCAGACGUUCUGACAACCGGGCUGCUUGGUGUCACACAUGAAGCCAGACUGCUCACCGCCCCACACCUUCUCAGCGGCAGCACCCAACACCAGGAUGCGGAAGAUGAACAGCACUGUCAGCCAGACUUUGCCCACCACGGUGGAGUGUUCCUGGGCACUCUCCAGCAGGUUCCCCAACAAGUUCCAGUCCCCCAUACUGGCUCACAAAUAUAGACUCAGUUGUAUCCACAAAACCAGGAGAUACAACUGUAAGGAGAGGGGGGGGAAAUAUUUUUUACUUGGAUUAAAUACAUUUAAUAAAUUGGCAGACUCUGGCCUAGACUUUUAAACAGAAUAAGUACAACAUGUCCUGAAGCUACAAUUCAGGCCCUUCCUUUGACAUGGUUUGGCUGUGAAACUGAUUUUAUAUCUUUUCCAACUU